CUUCUGCCAUGACGUAGGUUGGGGGGGCCGUGUUGUGAUACGUCAUGUAAAGUGCGACGAGCGAUAAAAACGGGUAAAAAUGGCUCCAUCUCCAACCAAGAGAAAGGACCGCUCUGAGGAAAAACCAAAAGAACGAGGGAAGGACAAAGCAGGAGUUAAAGAGAAUGCUGAAAAGGAGAGGGGCAGAGAGAAGGCCCGCAAACGACGGAACGCAUCUAGUGGCAGCAGUAGCUCCAGCUCCAGCAGCAGUUCUGGUUCCAGCUCUGGCUCAUCGAGUGGCUCCAGUUCAUCCUCUGCUUCCAGCCGCUCUGGCUCCUCCAGCUCACGCUCCUCUAGUUCCUCAAGCUCAUCUGGCUCUCCCAGUCCCAGCCGGCGUCGACAUGACAACCGGCGACACUCCCGAUCUAAAUCCAAGUCUGUUAAGAAGGAUGACAAGGAUCGUCGCAGGAGGAGCCCGAGUCCACGUCCCACUAAGGUUUACUUGGGACGUCUGACCAGAAACGUCAUUAAAGAACACAUUCAAGAGAUCUUCUCAACCUACGGAAAGAUCAAGAUGAUUGAUAUGCCAGUGGACCGAUUGCACCCUCACCUCUCUAAGGGCUAUGCUUAUGUGGAGUUUGAAACUGCGGAUGAAGCAGAAAAGGCUCUCAGACACAUGGAUGGAGGUCAAAUCGAUGGGCAAGAGAUCACUGCUACAGCUGUUCUGACCCCAAGGGUGCGCCCUGCCCCCCGCAGACUCACGCCUCCACGCAGGAUGCCACCCCCACCGCCCAUGUGGCGACGAACUCCUCCCCGAAUGAGGCGCAGAUCACGAUCUCCGCGAAGGCGUUCUCCACCGCGCCGCAGGUCCAGAUCCAGGUCACCAGGGCGCCGUCGCCAUCGCUCCCGCUCCAGCUCAAACUCCUCACGAUAGAGGGCAGCACGUCUCUCCCCCUUCUGAUAAGCGACUCUGCCAUAAUUUCAAAUGAAGAGUCCUCUUGGUGGUUUUUGGACACUGUGCCAUAUUUGUUCCUAAAUAAUGCUGUCUCCUUAUAGUCACCCAUUUAUUGUAAAUAUUUUAAAUUAUUUGAAAUGUUAAAGUUUGCAUUGUAAAUAUUUGGUGACUGUUGGAUGGUAACUGAAGUAUUGUUUCAAACGAUGUGUUUGAAGUAUAGACAUGACCUAUAGUCAGUGAUUCAUUUUAUCCUGACAGUUUUUUUUUGUUACAUUAUUUUAAGUGUCAGAAUUCUUUGUUGUGCUUACUGUGAAAACGGUACAUUGAAUAUUGAAACCGGCCUAGACGAUUAGUUUGAGAAUAGAGUUUUGUUUCUUUGUUGCAGCUCUGGAAGUCCACAUAAUUAAACUUUGCAUAAUUAAUGUGUAUAAUCACCCUUUGAUUUGAUCACUAAAUGAUACCAGACAAAAUAUUCAGCAUUUUUUCAGCCUUUCUAUGUAGCAGUUCAUACAUUUCAUUAACCUGACUUUGAUUUUUUGCUGAUUUACAGAUUAACAGUAACAGUAAUGAUUAACUGAGUCGCUGUAUCUCACCAUAAAUACUGUGAAAUAUUCUUGUAAAUGGAAUAAGCAUAAUAAAGAAAUUCCAUUUUAAAA